AUGUCAAAUCAAUUUAGUUCAAAUUUUCGUGGUUGUAACCGUAAUCAAUUUGAUAUUCAAUCUUUAUUUGUAUUAAUUUGUUUUGUAUCUACUUGGCUUAUUAUUUAUUUAAAAACAGAUGAUGAACUUUCUAAAGCAAUAUUUAUUCAAAAUAGUCUUAUAGCAACAUGGACAGUAGUAUAUUCCAUACGAAUAUUUUUCCCACAUUCUCCUAAAUACAAUCUUUCUCUUAUUAUAUUACGAUGUACAGUAACAAUACUUAAUGGUUCAGCAAUGCUUAUGAUGAUUUUUUAUGAAGAUUUUGGAUUAUGUUUAUUUCUAGUACUUUCACUACUUUUGAGUAAAUCGAUAUUUAUUGCUGGUCCAACACUUUGCCCGAAAACAUGUUCAUUUAUUGAAUGGUUGUUGAUAUCGAUGGGUUGUAGUGGAUUUUUUUUAUCAAUAAAUCUUCAUUGGUGGUCAUGUUUUGACGAAAUAAUUAAUCGACCAAUUCUUACUCAUGAUUAUGUUGUUAUUUGUGAAUGUUUACUUUUAUUCGGUUUAAUUGUAUCAAUUUUACAAAUAGUACCAUGGUCAACAACAAUAAAACCUACAACACAAUUUUAUAUAUCAUUAAUUACAAUAUUUUCUAUUGUUUUUCUACCACAAGCAUAUUUUUUCGUUAAUGAAAAUCCAUUUUUAUGGUUAUUUAAUUAUAUUCUAGAAAAACCACACCGACUUUAUCUACUUUCAUUCUGGUUAAUUGUAUCAAUCAUGUCACUAUUGAUUAUUAGUCUACAUUUAAGAAUUACAGAAAACUUGAAUAUUAAACAUGAACAAACAAUAAUUAGAAAAUAUUUUCAUUUUUUAGCAAUUAUUGUUUAUACUAGCGGAAUUUUAUUUGAUACACAUCUUUUAACAAUGUGUUCUGUUGCAUUUAUUGUUUUACUUCUAUUACUCGAGUGUAUGAAAAUAAAAAAUAUUGCUCCAUUGGGAGAUAUUAUACGUAAUGCAUGGAGUAUGUAUCAAAAUGAAAAAGAUACUGGACAAAUAAUGGUUUCACAUUUAUUUCUUAUUAUUGGAUUAUCUUAUCCUGUAUGGAUAGCUGAUGAUAGUAAACGUUUAGCACAAUUAAGUGGAGUUAUAAGUGUUGGUAUUGGAGAUUCAGCUGCAUCAAUUAUUGGAUCAAAAAUUGGUAUUCGAAAAUGGCCAGGUACAAAAAGAACUUUAGAAGGAUCAUUAGCUGGUUUAAUUGCUCAAUUUGGUUUUAUUGCUUCUCUGUGGUAUUUAGAUAUUAUUCCAUAUUCACAAUGUGAUCUAUUAUUUGUUUCAUUGGGUCUAUUAUUUACAACUCAAAUAGAAGCAUAUUCUCACGAUAUCGACAAUUUAACAUUACCUAUUUCACUUUUUCCUUUUUUAUACACAUGUUAA